GGCUGGAAUACGCCCUACGUAGGGUGCGCCCCUGUGGGUCCGGACGUCGUGGCUUCUUCUGGUCCUCAGGAUUUGAAUUAGAAGGGCAGCGUUGUCAUUGCAGAGAAAACGUUCGUGAUCAGUUAAAACGCUGCCGUCAAUGUGGAGGGCGGAGGGUAUUCAGGUAAUAUGCGAAACGAGGUAAAAUGCAGGUUAAUGGUUCGGGUGAUGCAGAAACAGCCACGGCCCCCUUUCAAAUGCAAAAAGAAACAGCGACGUCCUACUCCCAGCAGCCACAUAGUAUACCUGUUAGAGGAAAGAGGGAUCCCGGAAAGAGUAGGCAAAGAGUAGCCGUCAUCAUCGAUAAACAAUGGUGUAAAAUUUGUAGACGGCUGCGAGGAGAUCAAUGAAGUGAAACAUCCGACGGCAUUGUCCCUUGUAUCAGAUUUUGGAGGCGCUUAGAGGGUCACUUGGAUCUGGAAGAAGGGUGAUUGUGAAGAAGUUGUUGCAGGGAACUGGUUGUCCAGUUAUAUAAGACAAGCAAAGGUCGCCACUGACCCAGUUUAAUUUUUUCAGGAGGAAGGGUGAUUGUGAAGAACUGAAACUGAAGGAAGGUUAUACGAGAAUUUUGAGGUAAGGGAUUUGGUGGUGUUGCUGCAAAUUGUUCAAGUGAGCUGAGGUGCUGAAACUGAUAGCACUCCAUAUCACAGACAGUGAGUAAGGCUAACAUGGACACAGACGAAGGGGGCCUUAGGUACAGUGACCAUAUUUAUCAUGAGUGUUUAUCAUCAGACGAUGAAUCAGAAGAUGAAAUUUUGAUUCGGUUUGGUAAAUGCAAUAAGGUAACAGCGCGUACAAAGGAGGCAAAUGACAGUAUAAUACCUGGUGAAUCAGGUGAAUUGAGGAAAUCACCAGGCGUAGUUGAAGAGGAGGAAACAUUACCUGAGUGCGCUGUUGAAAGAACAGAAUAUGUGAACCACACGGGGUCCGCACAGCUGAAUGGGAAGCACUUCGAAGACCUCACAAUGGAUGAUAUGAUGGGGGUAUACUUCCCAACUGUAGAAGAGGCAGAAAAGUUCUACUCGCUGUACUCACGAAUACUUGGUUUCAGCGUAAGGAGGGACAGAUUGCAGAAGGAAGGCAAUGGUUUGGUGGUAAGGAGGCAGUGGGUCUGUUCAAAACAAGGAUUGGCAAGUAUCAAGUGCAGGAAGCAAAAAGGUGUGGAUAAGAACAAAACUGCAAAUAAUGAGAAAAUUGGCGAGCAGAAAAAAUCGAGGAGGAACAUAAUACCGAGGGGAGUAAGAUACACAAGAGUUAACUGCCCGGUUUCAUUUAGUGUUCGAUAUUGCAAAGAUAAGGAGCUAUACCGCGUGACUAAGUUUGUACAGGAGCACAAUCAUGACCUUGCAAAGUCCCAUGAAGUUCAGUUCUUGCGGUCAAACCGUCGCGUGGAAGACAAAGAUGUUGCUCAGGUGGAGUGCCUGCGCCGCGCACAAGUCCACACUAGUAGGGCGUAUGAGCAACUGGUAGAGCAAGCCGGGGGACACGACGGUGUUGGCUUCUUGAUGAAGGAUCUGUACAACAAGAUUUAUGAGUUGAGGAAAAAUGCUGAGAUGGAUGGAGAUGCACAGGCUGCCAUCACUUGGAUGAACAUGAGGGGAAUGGAGUCAGAAGAGUUCUGCUGCAGGUACAGUUUGGAUGAAGAAGGCAGACUUGCCAAUCUGUUUUGGAGGGACUACCAAUCAUUUUUGGACUACAGCGCAUAUAGUGAUGUGGUCAUUAUGGACAGCACAUACAAGACAAAUUUGUACGGAAAGCCUCUUGUUGUAUUUGUUGGGUGCAAUAAUCACAGAGCUACAGUUGUUUUCGGGUUUGCCCUUAUACGGGAUGAGAGGGAGGAUACGUACACAUGGGUGUUCGAGAACUUCCUUGAGUCCAUGGAUUAUAAACAACCUUCAUCCAUCCUAACCGAUGGCGAUGAGUCAAUCAGAAAGGUUGUUGAGCGGGUGAUGCCAAUAGCUCGGCACAGGUUAUGUGCAUGGCACAUUGGAAGAAACAUAUCGCAGAAUGUGAAGGAUGUUGCAGAUCAGAAAAGUCUUUCAAAAAUGAUUUAUUCCUCAAUGUGUGUCAGUGAAUGGGAGGCAGCUUGGCAGUCAAUUGUGGUUAGAAAUGGGUUGUCGGACAAUGCAUGGGUUAUAAGUUUGUAUAACAAACGGGAGAGGUGGGCAGAAGCAUUCUUCAGAGGGCACUUCUUUGGUGGAAUGUGCAGUACGCAGCGCGUCGAAGGCAUGCACGCAAAGCUGAAAAAGGAGAUUGGGAGGCACACUAGGUUAUGUGAAGUUAUGCCAAGAAUGGAGAGGACACUUGGCCGCAUCCGGAAUCGCGUACUGUAUGACAACUUCAGGUCUAAAAACGGUGCUCCAGUAUAUGAGACACACAUGAGGGGAAUAGAGGAAGACGCAUGUAGGCUGUUCACACACGACAUCUUUGUUAUGAUUAAGUCCCAAAUCUUGUUUGAGAGGAGGUUUGUUCUGGUGCAGAAAGUACCAUUUCCCAUUUCUGAUACAGUGAUGUUCUACCUUGCCCAAUAUGAUAGGCCUGAACGACGGUGGUGUGUUGAGUUCCAUUCAGACCCGACAAACCCAACAUGGCUGUGCUCCUGCAAACUUUUUGAAUCAGAUGGUAUUCCUUGUGGUCACAUUUUCUGUGUCUUGAAAGAUCAGCUUCUGUCAAGAUAUCCGGCGUCUUUGAUAACCAAACGUUGGACAAAGUGUGUCAGUGAUUCAACAGUUGCACCCAAAAUUAAGGUCCCCGAUCACGACAAGUCAGCUCAGGUGGCCAGGUAUUCUGCCCUCAUAUCAGAAGUGUCCAAAGCGUGCUUAAAUUACUCAUUUUCAGAUGAAGGUUUCAGGGUAGGAAUGAUUGAAUUUGCAAGGCUAGUUCAAAGCUCAAGUGAGUUCAAGAUAGAUCCACCCAUGGACACAUCAAGAGUGCCUCCGAGCAGAAACGUUGUGAGGGACCCGAAAAUAUCCCGUACAAAGGGCAUGCCCUCUAAUCCCACAACAAACACUGAAAAUGCCAACAAAGAGCAGCGGCUUUGCGGUAAAUGUUUUAUGCCCGGUCAUAACAGGCGCACCUGUACAGCCGGUGAAGAAGGGGUUCGAAAUCGUGGAUAUGCAGAUUCCCAUCAUACGGUACCUUGUGUUGAAGCUUACUCAGGUUCGGUACCUGAUGUUGCACCAUCAGUCCCAAAUAUGGCACACCUAUCAUCCUAUGUGGUAGCCGCAGUCCCUGAUCCCCCUGCCUCAGUUCAGCUUCCCGCAGACUUACCAUAUCAUCCCACACCUUGUGUAAGUGAGUAUGGUAUGGAGCUUGAUUUUGAUGACAAGGGCGCUAGCAGAGUUGGUGGUAUUGGUCAAUUCCCAUUCUUCGUUGCAUCCCAGCAUUCCUCAUCCUUCGGUAUUCUGCCUUUUUCAUUCAACCUGAACCAGACCGCCCCAAAUGAUGAUGUUACGCAGCUGAAACCGGACUGUUCAUAUCCACCCCCGAAGUGGAUCCCAUGAGGUACAAGUUGGAAUUAAGCUUCAUUUUCGCGUUACCUAAGUCCGAAUUGGUUCAUGAAUGUAGUCCGGAUUGAUGCAUUCCGAUUAUGAUGGAUUAUUUUGUGGUGAUUAUAUUUCCUUUCCUCAAUUGACACAAGUAGGAAGAGACAUUGUUAGCUUUAGUUUUUGGUGGAACAAUUUAAGUCCCUUCACGUAAAAUAUUUAUAGCAUAUAUUUUGCCUGCUGCCUGCUAUUGUUCACUGUUUAUGUACGUGUUGU